AUGGACUACAACAAACUCAUCGAUUCCUCACACGAGGCGCAAGAAGGCCUUUGGGUCGAUGAGAUCAACAAAUUUCGAGUAAACGGGCAUCUUUGCGAAUGGGUCGCUAGCUUCCAUCCAGAGCAAUUUCCCUGUCAGCUGAAUGGUGGCUUCUUGAACGGCUCGUAUAACGUCUGUCAAAAGUUUCUAUUUGAGGAUGGUACUUCGUGGAUACUCCGUUUCCCUCGCGUGAGGAGCAUUUCCCCUGAAUACGCCGACGAAAAGGUAGUCAUGGAAGUGGAGGCUCUUUCUCUUAUUCGCGAAAGAACAAGUGUUCCUGUUCCAGAUGUCAAAGCCUGGGGUCUCGCCGAUGCCAAUCCUUUAGGUCUUGGCCCUUUCAUCUUGAUGAACUUUAUCGACGGGGUGUGUCUAAAAGACUUAUUCGCCGGAGGCGAUUCUAGAAUUAUUCGAAAGGAUAUUCCAGAUAGCGACCUGGAGAUUGUGUACAGGCAGAUAGCAAACUUCAUGUUACAAAUUUUUGAGAUCAAUUUUGACCGAAUUGGAAGUUUACCCACGCCAAAGACGGGCUAUUCUGCGCCUAUACGCCCUCUCACAUGGAAAAUAAAUGAGAUCGCACGGACAGGGGGCGUUGAUACCUUUGGUGACCGAACCCAAGGUUUCUCUACAACCACAGAGUACUUCCAGUACAUCAUUGGCCAAGACUGGCAGCAACUUCGACAUCAACCAAAUUCAGCUAUUGCCGAACUGGAUGUUUACUCCAAGUAUACUUCAUUGAGUAUUUUGGAAUCGUUAAUACCCCAAUUUGUCAACACGGCGGAUGAAAAUGGCCCAUUCAAACUCAUCUGCGACGAUUUUACCCCAGCGAACAUGAUCGUGAAAAGUGAUAGUGAUCUCACAAUUGUCGGGGUCGUGGACCUUGAGUGGGUUUAUGCAGGACCGGCGCAGCUCUUCGGAUCAGCUCCUUGGUGGCUUCUUCAUGAUCGACCGGUCAAUGAUGAGUGGGAUUUCGAAAACAGUUACCACCCCCCGGUGGCUACAGAACGCUAUUUCGAUUGUCUUCGCAUAUUUAAGGAAGCUUGUGGGUUCUUCAACCCACUCGGUUUUCCUUACAUGAAGUGGCGGCAAUUUAUCGGUCUCGACCGGUGGAUGGAACGUGUUAAUGAGCUGGAAAUUAGACCAGAGGUGAAAGACUUUGUGUGUGACAAGCUUCGAGACCUGGAUGAGUAUGACAAAAAGGUCGAAAAGGUCGAGGAACUCAAGGCCUCUCUCGAUCGUGGCCAGAUGACGAAGGAUGAGUUUAUUGUGGCUGUCGAUAAAUGUGGCUGUGAUCAUACUGUAGGCUCGUUGCCAUGUGUCUCUGAAUGA